AUGGACACGGUCGGCGCCUUCAUGGACGGCCUCGUCUGGUCGGUGACUGCUGCCAUGCGGCAGACCUCCAAUUCCGAGGAUACUCCCCGGGCGCUGAGGGCAGUUUGCGGGCAGACACAUGUGAUGCAGACGUGCCUGACUGUCCGGUGGGCGUGGCUGAGCCUGCCGGCUUCGUUGCUAGGGCUACAGUUGGCCUUCCUGGUCGCCAUUGUGGUCAUCUCCGGGUCGGCGAAACACUGGCGCGGAGGCUGGAAGGACUCGUCGUUAGCUUUGCUGUUCCAUGGGUUGGAAGGGUCUGCAAAACCGCCUCAUGAGAAGGUCGAACGUGAAGAAUUGCGCGAUAAGGGCGGCAUGUUCAAACGGCUCCGACCUCAGCAGUACGCUAUAGCAUUCGACCUCGAAGUCCCCUGGCGGCAUGCGAUUCAGAGCAACUACAUUCUCCUCCCCCUUGCGUCGGGCUGGAUGCCACCGGAGCUGCGGUUCCCGGUUCUUUCACGGCUCGUCAGGGACUCCGGGUUUGACGCUGAGGAGGUCAAGAAGUGGUUGGUCCAGUGUGACAUAUCACACGGCCUGCACUGUUGCAUCACGCCCGAUCAGCGUCUAGCUCACAUUGGCAUGAGGCUCAUAGACAUAGAGCAGAAUUGCCUGGUGCGCGUGACGGAGCAUUGUGCCUACACUGCUCUGACCUACGUCUGGGGACCUGUAGAUCAACCAGUCCUCAAAGAGGGUCUUAUCGCGGAGUGGGAGACACCAGGACAUUUCGACAGAAUGCAUCUUCCAAAAACUAUCUCUGAUGCGAUAAAAGUCUGCCGGAUUAUCGGCCUGAAGUAUCUGUGGGUCGACAGUCUCUGCAUAGUUCAAGACGACCCUCUCGCAGUCCAGGAGCAGAUCAACAACAUGAGCCUCGUCUACUCCCAGGCUUACCUCACCAUUGUUGCCGCCUCGGGCGACGACUGCGACAGCGGCCUGCCGUCCGUGCAAGCACGACAGCCUAUCCAGAAAACCUUCCAGGCGGACGACCUGAGCAUGGGCACGGCGUUUCUCUCCCUGAAGCAAGAGCUGGUCAAGUCGAAAUGGAACUCCCGGGCCUGGACGCUGCAGGAAUACACCCUGUCAUGCCGCUGCCUCGUCUUCACGCCCCGCGAGAUCUUCUUCUGUUGCGCCGAGGGAAUCCGGCGCGAGGAUGUCAGCGGCUAUCUGGUCGAGGGCAUCCCGCGGCAGGACCUCUUCAUCAUGCCGGUCGUCCGCGACUCGUUCCUGUCGAACAACCUCCCCAGCAAGAUAUUCGCCAAAGUCUAUUGGCCCCUCGUCGAGCACUACGCAGCACGGGAAGCUUCCUACGCCUCGGAUAUACUCAAGGCAUUCUCCGGGAUUACUGGCGCCCUAGAAAAGCCAAUUUACCUCGGAGAAUUUGUCGCGGGCAUACCGGAGUCAUUCAUCGGGGCGGGCCUUGCGUGGUCCUUCCACGGGCAGUGCUCAAGGCGUGCCGGCUUUCCGAGCUGGUCCUGGGCGGGCUGGACCUUCGAGCCUCAGACGCGGGAGACCUUCAUGACUCAGACCUUCACCGGCGAGGAUGACAAGGGAUUCCACUACUUCCCCCAGCCGGAACACCUGCAGAACCCUAUGAGGAUCGACCGGUGGACGUCGCCCGAUUCUGAGAAAUUCAUGUUGUCAUCCAGUUACGAAAGCUGGAAACCGUGGUCGGACCGAUCCGGCUGGAACUCCGGUGUAAGGCAGCACGCACAGACUGUCAUCCUGGAGAUGGGGGGCACAUGGUCUUCGAGCGAGUAUACGAAGCAGCUCGCGCCCAAGAGCAUCCCCGGAGGCGAGAUCCAUCAUGUGCUCUUCUUCCGCUCCUGCUACGCCAUCCUCGACACCUCGCGAUAUCGGGGCUUCCGGCUGAACAACCGCCCGGCGGGCAAGGAGUCAGCGAAGCCGUUUAGGAUGCUUUUCAUCUUGAUCUUGAUAUACCCGCCCAAAGUCAUGAUUCUCCCCGUGGAGCGAGACGGGGAUGUGCUUCGCAGGGUCGAUAACCCUCAGCUCAUUCAUGAGAAGGAGUGGUUUCAGGAGAGGCCACGGAACUGCUUGGUUCACCUCGCCUAA